AUGGCUAAACUCUCAGAAUUGUUGGCCUUUCUGGCAAUCGCUGCUGCUGAAGUGUCGGCGGUGACGUUCAGUGUCCCAACGAAGGUCGGAACUGGAGGAUACGCCUAUGCGCCGCUCGAUCCAGCACCAGUCGGGAUCUCGUUCGAGUUCUUCGCAUUCCCCUCAUACUUCACAAACGUCACCGGCACGAACCAAUGUCUCGCGAAUUGGAAAGCGCUCACUGGUGUCUGGCCGCCGAUCCGAAUUGGCGGGACCACGCAGGACAGAGCGAGCUACGAUGCAUCGACAUCAGCAUACGUGGUAUACACGGUUGCUAGCCCAGCAGACGCACCCGCAACAUUAACGUUCGGUUCGAAAUUCAUGACACUUGCCAAUACUUACGCGGGCACAGUCGUUAUGGGUCUGAACCGAGGGAAGAACGACCUCGCAAAUACGAUUGCUGCCGCCAAGGUGGCCGUGUCUGAGAUGGGCAAUCUCUUGGCGAUUGAACUGGGCAACGAGCCUGAGUGUGAGCAACCAACUGGAGAACAAUCUUUGAAUGUGAUACUGACGGUGAUGCAAGACUACAAGAACGAUGGACAACCGAUCGCGUCAGGCACAUGGAACCCUGCCACCGACGCAGCUUCGCAAAAUGACUGGGACAUCCGUGUAGGCCAGGCCAUCGGCAAGAAGAACAUCAUCCAAGCCGGCAAUUCAAAUGACUCUCCUCCGACGUGGGGUGCGGCUGAGCUCAUUGCAACCGAGAACGCAACGGUGAAGGAGUACGUGAAGACAUAUGCUCAUCACAACUACCCAGGCGGUACCGUCAGCAGUCUGAUGAGCCACUCGAGCAUUGUGACAAAUCUCCACAAGUUCGAUGCGGAUAUAGCCGCCGCUUUGGGUCAAGGAAAGCCGUACAUUUUUGGCGAGACAAACUCUGGUAAGCUCAAGAAUCGCGUUGUUAGUAAGGGGCCAAAUGCUAAGCAAUGA